CUGCUGCUGGGCUCCCCGGAGCCGCUCCUCGCCGUCGACUGACGCCUCGCCGGCGGAAGAAGGCACAACUUGGAUAUGGCUCGUGGACAGCAGAAAAUCCAGUCACAACAGAAAAAUGCCAAAAAGCAAGCUGGACAGAAAAAGAAACAAGGCCAUGAUCAGAAGGCUGCAGCUAAAGCUGCUUUAAUAUAUACGUGCACCGUCUGUAGGACACAGAUGCCGGAUCCCAAGACCUUCAAGCAGCACUUUGAGAGCAAGCAUCCCAAAACUCCCCUUCCUCCAGAAUUAGCUGAUGUUCAGGCAUAAAGUUCACUGGUGAAUUCAUGGAAUCUAUUGACUCUUCUAUUGUCAAUAGUGUCUAUUACGUGUCUAUUACAUAACAAAUCUGCAGCUGCUUUUCUAACAAACUGUUGAUCAGCAAAAAAUGAAGGGGCUAUAGAAACAUUCAUAUUUUUAUGCUGUUCCUCUUGGGCUUCAUGUAAAGAAAACUCUUGUGUAAUUGUACAGUUGUGGCCUACUUGGAAAUCUGGAAAUCGGUUCAUUCUAAAAGAUUUUUACAGUUGUAAUUAUAUUGAUGUUCAUAUUGUGUAAAAUAACUCAUUUAAUAAAAUAGUACUUUGAUUUUACAAUAUCACAGGUCAAAUGCUUGUA